AGAAAAAGCCCGUCAUUGGACGGUCAUUGUUUGAGGUAGGGGCCGCUAUUAUUACCAGGCAGGAUGUUGCGGCUUCGCUGUAAGACCAAAAAUGGGAGCCACAUAAUGCAGGGCUUGACUCAUCAGUCCUGUGUGCGGGAGCUAAAAAACAAGGUGGAGGAGUUGACUGGUAUCCCCUGUGAUGUGCAGAAAAUCAUGGUUGGUUACCCUCCUUCCAGUCUUGACCUCCGAAAUGGAGAUGCUCACCUCAAGGACUACCCAAUCAAAUCAGGAGACACACUUAUUGUUGAGGAAGAGAAGAACAAACCAAAACCUCAGGAUAACUCUACUGUGACCAAGACACCACACCUGGAAGCCUCCCCGGCACUGGCAAGACGUGUGGUUCCCGCUGACAACUCCUGCCUCUUUACCAGCGUGUCCUAUGUGGUGGAGGGUGGCAUGUAUGACCCCGCUUGUGCCCCCGAGAUGCGAGGCCUCAUUGCCCAGAUUGUGUCUAGUGACCCCACAGCAUACUCUGAGGCUGUCCUGGGCAAGACCAACGAGGAGUACUGCUCUUGGAUAAAGCGUGAUGACACCUGGGGUGGAGCCAUAGAGGUGUCCAUCCUGUCUAAGUUCUACCAGUGCGAGAUCUGUGUGGUGGACACACAGACGGUGCGUGUUGAUCGUUUUGGGGAGGACGCUGGCUACCACAAACGUGUACUGCUGAUUUACGACGGCAUCCACUAUGACCCACUGCAGAAAGAGAUGUCUGGCUCCGAUGCUCCACCCCAAACCAUCUUUUCCACCACUGAUGACGUGAUCUUGGCCCAGGCACUGGAGUUGGCAGAUGAGGCGAGGCGCAAGCGGCAGUUUACAGACGUUAACCGCUUUGCACUACGCUGCAUGGUGUGCCAGACAGGCCUGGUAGGACAGAAAGAAGCACGAGAGCAUGCCAAGGAGACAGGCCACACUAAUUUUGGAGAAGUUUGAAUGCGCCCCUUUAUCUUUCACCCCAUCCCCAGCUCUGCACACAACCACCCCUUACCCUCACAUUUGGCAACUCUGUUGGUCUCUCAGUCUAGAGUGCGACAGG